GCUGUUAACCUAACAUGCCCUAAAAAUGGGCAGAGUACAAAACAAACUACUGUCGGUGUGUUUAUUUACAUAUCAAAAAGGAAGUCGAUGUGAAUGUUAUUACCUGUAAAUCGACUGGCAGACAUCUGCAACGCGAGUAAUCACAGCACAACCAAUGCAUAAUGAGACUAUAUCCGUAUUUAGUUGCCGUCUGCUGCAUCCACGUGCUUUAUGCCUGUAACCAUUGGGUGCUCAACGAUGAGCAAAUUGUCCAAAAAUUGGAUUCGCCCUUCUUUAUGCGUGAGCCUCAUAAUUUGAUUGCCUUUCUGGAGCAGAUACGCUACAAUGAGUACGUGGAGCGUAGCUACUUGGAGCUGUUGCGCAAACGUGAGCAAAUUGUUGAACAUUUACGCUUUUCCAUGCGCUUCGGCGAGGAUCUGGCCGAGCAGGCUAAAUGCGCCAUGGACUACUAUCUGCUAGAGAAGCGCAUGUCUUAUCUGAAGAUAACACCGGAUCAGCUAAAGCGCAUCAAUUUGCCGGAGCACCGUGAGUUACAGCAACACAUGCCGCAUGGCGGCUUCAAAAGUAAAGCCAAUCGUGAUCAGGAGCCAAUUUGCAAAAACUAUCAGGAGUUAGGCGUGGGUCCAGCGACAUAUGAUCAUUUGGAUAGCUUCCAGCCGGAGGUGCUGGAGUCCGCAUACGUAGAGCGGGAGCAUGAUACGAACAUUGGCCAAGCCACCGUUGAGCUGACGCGUCGCUUUGCUCUAGAGGGUCUACAAAGGCAGCCCGAUUCAUGGAAAUUCCAUACUCUAAGCUCCUACUAUUGGCGGAUGCGUGGCAAUGCGUUGCAGGCGUUACCCUGCGCGCGCCUUGCAGUUAUGUUAGCUCCACCCGAACACAAAGACAUUCCACUCCUAAGUCUCGGCACCAUUCUCUUUCGCAUGGGCCGACUGGCCGAUGCAGAUCUGAUAUUGAGUGCGGCGGUGGAGCACGCACCGCUCGUGGCUGAGAAUCAUGUGGUGUUGGCCUCGGCGCUGGCCAUGAAACAUGAUUUCAAUCGUUCGCAGUUCCAUUUCGAUGAGGCGGAACGUCUGGAUCCAAGUACCCUGCCACGCACACAGCAGGUGCGGAAUUUCAUCACCUGCUUGGAGAAUCUCACAAAGAAGACAUCGAAAAUGUACAGCUAUGUAAAGUACAUGAAGAACGAGCUGAAGGAGUUCAAGAAGCUGAAGCAACGUAUUUUCCAAAGCCACGAGCGAUUAGUCCAACAGCAAUUACCACUGGGCGCACGCCGCUUCCUCGAUUCGCGAGCCAACAACGAGGAUUUGCACCGGCGGGGACAAUAUUGCAGUACCCGGACACCGAAUGGUUCCGAUGAGCCGGUCCUCUUCUGUGACUUCUACUCGGACAUGCAGAUGCGCUUGGAGAGCAAGGACAUUGACAUCGAGGUGCUCGAGCGGGAUCUGAUGGCCAGCACGGAAAGUGUUAUACGCCAAGUCUCCACCGAAAUACGCAAGCAAUUCAAUUUGGAGCAGCUGAAGGCAGCCAAGGCACAAAUGCCCGCAAAAGCUACAAAGUCUACGUAGUUGGAGUCGGAGACAUCCAAGCUUUUGCUUUCCCUCUCUUCCAGUUGCAUUCCAUAAAAGCGAAAAGGAUGGCAAGAAUGGAAAAUAUUAAGAUAAU